UUUUCCGAUUGUUUGUUAUGGUUCGCACUAAUUUCUUUUUUUGUUUGUGCUGAAAAUUUUAAAUUUUAGCGAAGAUCAACAAUUCACGGUAAGUUUAGUUAGAGCAUUGCUGAACUUUGCUGAACUUAUUUGUGGGCUGGCGUAUAUAGACUAGGGCAUUUCUUUCCUGAUUCUUUGCUACCAUCUGGUUUUAACGGACAAUUAUAUACAAAAACAAAAAAGAUAGAAAAGAAAAGAAAUGUCAUUCCCUUGGCCAACUGUAGAAUCUCCCUUUGGAGUUAACUUAUGGAGUACAUUUGAUUAUGCUGUAACUAAGGCAAGUAAUGGAACUUUUAUUCCAUCACAAUUUGAAUUUGUAGUGGGUGAAUUACCUUUAUCAACUUUCCCACCAGUUGCAGUUGCUAUUUCUACUUAUUAUAUAAUUAUUUUUGGAGGUGAUUAUAUAUUUAAAAAAUUUGGUAUAAAACCUUUAGUAUUAAAUGGAUUAUUUCAAAUUCAUAAUUUAUUCUUAACAACUUUAUCAUUUACAUUAUUCAUUCUUAUGUUAGAACAAUUAAUUCCAAUUAUUAUUAAACAAGGAUUAUUUUUUGCUAUUUGUAAUCAAAAGGCAUGGACUCAACCUUUAGUUACUUUAUAUUAUUUAAAUUAUUUAACUAAAUUUUGUGAAUUUAUUGAUACUUUAUUCCUUGUGGUUAAACAAAAAAAAUUAACUUUCUUACAUACUUAUCAUCAUGGUGCAACUGCUUUAUUAUGUUAUACUCAAUUAAUUGGUACAACUCCAAUUUCUUGGGUACCUAUUUUAUUAAAUUUAGGAGUUCAUGUAGUUAUGUAUUGGUAUUAUUUCUUAGCUGCAAGAGGUAUUAGAGUUUGGUGGAAAGAAUGGGUUACAAGAUUUCAAAUUAUUCAAUUUGUUUUGGAUUUAGGGUUUGUUUAUUUUGCAACUUAUCAAAAAUUCGUCUAUAAUUAUUUCCCAAGUCGUAUAGAAACUUUACCAUUUAUUUGUGGUGAUUGUCAUGGAACUAUGUUAGCUGCUUAUAGUGGUUGUGGUAUUUUAUCAUCAUAUUUAGUAUUAUUCAUUGCUUUCUAUAUUGAUGUUUAUAAGAGAAAGUCUUCAAAGAAAUCAAAGCUUGUUAAAUCAGUUAAAGGUGGUGUAGCAGCUCAAGUUAAUGAAUAUGUCUAUGUCAGUGGUAGAGCUUUAAGUCCAACUCCUCAACCUACUGAAAAUUUGAGAUCUAGAAAGGCUUAAAUUUGUUUGUGCUUAUUUGUUUGCUUAUUUGUUUGCUUUUCAUUCCUCUCUCCAUAUCUUAUGUCCUAAUGCAACUAGAUGAUUUCUUCUUUUAUAUUAUUAGUGGCUUUAUUCCUAUACUUUUUAUACUGUCUAAUUAGAAUUAAUA